AUGCCUCUCCCAUUCGGGGAGAUAUGCACAUUACUUUCGCGUCUCGAGGAAAUCGAGACAAGCGACCCUCCAGUCCUCCCGAAAGACAAGUAUCCCAGGACCAAGGAGAUCAUCGAGAGUUGGUUCAAGUCGCACCGACGACCGAUCAAUGAGCUCGAUGCCGAAGGGACGGCGGCCUUGCUUUCGACAUUGCUCCCAGAAUGGCGGACGGAUCGAGUACAUGGUAUCCAGACCGCGAACCUGUACCGUAUUCUGUGCCGAGCCAUGGAGCUGGGCAUAACUAGGAGACCCAUUCUGGAGCAGUACAAGCAACCCGGAAAGGGCGACAUUGGAUUAUGCUUGGAGCGGGUCAUGAGACUCGGAGGAGGACCGCCAGCCAAACCCGUUGUCAUGGUCGAGGAAGUUGACGACAUGCUGCAGAUGCUUGCGGGAGGUAGUCGACACUCAGGCCCUUCAAUACCUCGACUUCCACCAAGCUCUUCAGAACAACGGGACAAGACCAUCGGUAAUAUCCUUUUCAGAUGUGAACCAAAUGAAGGCAAGUGGCUUGCCCGACUCAUUCUCAAAGAUUUUUCUCCCGUCCGUAUUGAUGAGAAGCUUAUCCUCAAGAACCUCCACUUCCUUUUGGAGGACCUGCUCAAUUUUCAGCGAGACUUUCAUGCCGCAGCGACCCUUCUCAAGGGGGAAUUUCAAGACUACCCCUGUCGACCGGACCCAAUGUCCGAAAGGCUUCACAAACGGGGAGUAGCUGCUCGCAUGCGGCCGGUCGUUGGUAUCAAGGUCGGUCGGCCCAAGUUCGACAAAGCAAGAGAUGUCAAGUAUGUGCUUUCGACUCUCGCUGGAAAGGAGUGGGCUUUGGAGCGCAAGUACGAUGGCGAGUAUUGCGAGAUCCACGUCGAUCUCCAGAAAUCAACGGACCCAAAGCAAUGCAUCACGAUCUUCGCGAAGAGCGGCAAAGACUCGACUCAAGACAAGAAAGGCCUCCACGACACGCUGGUCAAGAGCCUGCGUUUGGGCCAGCCGGACUGUCGCUUCGAACGUCAAGCAAUCCUUCUCGGCGAGAUGGUCGUAUACUCCGACGAAGAUCGAGAAAUAAUGCCGUUUGAGAAGAUCCGAAAGCAUGUUACUCGAUCUGGUGUAUCCAUUGGCACCGAUGCCGACUCGCAACCUCAUGACCAUGAACAUCUUGCGAUCGUCUUCUUCGACUUGCUUCUCUUGGACGAUGAAGUAGUCAUGAACAGGCCUGUGAACGAGCGCCGCAAUUGGCUGCGUGAAACGUAUCUCAAGAUACCUGGACGUGCCAUUGGCGCGGAAUGGAGGACUGUCGAUUUCUCCGAUAUCGAAAGCGGCGAAGAGAAGUUGCUUCAGCAGUUUGCUGCCGCCAUCGCUCGUCGGACAGAAGGCCUGGUGCUGAAGCCUUUGAAUGUGCCCUACUUCUCCUUGGAAGGUGACGCUCCUGACAAGCGGUAUAUCAAGGUGAAGAAAGACUAUCUCAAAGGACUCGGUGAUGAAGCAGACUUCGCGGUCAUCGGCGCGAGUUACAAUGCUCAGCAGGCAGCAACCAGCGGCCUCAAGGCACAUGCGGUGAAAUGGACAACCUUUCAUCUUGGCUGCCUAACGAAUCAGGAAGAUGUGCGCAGAAACAACGCACGACCGGACUUUCAGUACGUUGGGUCAAUCGACCAGGAGAAAUGCAUACCAAGACCUAUUCUUGAAGCUGCCAACAACGAAGCCACGUUCCGAGCGAAGCCUUACGACCCUUCGAAGCAGCCGGAAUCGUUCGAUAUUCGAACAUUCCAAGUUGUCAAGAUGGACCAUGUAUUCAACGAACCACUCGUGUUCGAAGUCCUGGGAUCCGGUUUCGAGAAGCCAUCGAAUCGGAACUUCUUUAUGCUGCGCCAUCCUAGAGUCAAGAAGAUGCACGAAGACCGCAGCUGGAUUGAUUGCAUCACCUUUGAGCAGCUACAAGAACAGGGCGAGGUUAGCAGAGCAGCUCCUGAAGACUCAGAAUUUCAAGAGACUCGUAGAUGGAUCAAGAGGCUGGAAGAACUGCUACCUAAGCAUAGGAGAAAGGUGGAAAGGGAAAAGACUGCGUCGCCGAAAUCAAGGAAGACCAUUACUCCUCCUACGACCGGCCCAAGGCGACCCCGACAGCUGCAAAGUCCAAUGGAACCGCAACUCAAGCGAAUGGUCAAUGAAUUACCAACGCCAUUGCCGUCAUUUGGAGUGGAGAGGCUACCAAGCUCGCCAUCACAAAGACCACCGCUGUUCCAGCGCCAAAGCUCCAAAAGACAGCGCGAGGAUACUUCGAGACAUCUACCUCUUCCCAAGAAAGCUCGGAUUGAGUCAAAUGAGAAGACCCCCGACAGCAGCCGGUCUUCAGUCAUCUCGACCCCACUGGCGGAGCUGUCUACUAACAUUGACCCUCCAUCAGCCCGAGAAGCGUCCCGACAGACCCAGCGUUCACGAGCACUCUCAGAGCUGACACGAAAAGUAGCAGCAUUCAUCGGCCCCAGCCGGACUCCCUCAACACCCUCAAACAACGCCUCUCCCACCCCACCCUGCUCAGGCUCAAAAUGUCCCUUCGCUAGCGCUACGGUCUACCUGACUCCCUGCAUCUCCAAGACCCUCUACAUUACGGAGGACCUCCUCAGCAUGCACAACAUCCACGUGGUUACCUCUCUAUCCCAUUGGGACCGCGCCAGCUUCGCGCACUCUCCACUCCCCGCCACCGUCUCCGAAUCCCAAUCCCACCCGGGCAUGCGCAAAAUCGUCCUCGUGGAACGCAAACGCCGAGCGGCGGUUCGAGAUGUCGUGAAGAGGAUCCAGGGGUUGACCGGAGGAGCGUUCAGGGAGAGGGUGGAAGUCUGGGAUUGGAGAGUUUUGGAAGAAUGCAAGAAACACGACAGAGGCACUGAUAAAGUCAAUAGACAUUUCCUUGGGGCGACGGUUUGGGAUUCUAGAAGGGAGAGGCCGAUGUUUGUUAAGGAGUGCGAUUGGCUUUGA